CAAGUGAGAGACGUGCACAAACGCACACACACAUACGGAGCGAGACGGGAGGAGAGAAGAGGAGUGGAGAGAAUGCCUGGUGAAAGGGUGGCGCUUCCUCGCUUGCUGCUUCCAAGGCCUCUGUGAGCGAGAGACACCAUGGGCUGCAUCGGCUCCCGGACCAUCACUUAUAUCUGUGUGGAGAAGAGGGCACGCAAUGCAGUGUCAAUUUACACAGCGGACGCUGUUCCCGUACGGAAAGAUGGGGAGCAGCUCUCUAUGGAGGACACUUCCUCCAUCCUGCCUCGUCUGAAGAGGAACUCCAGCGCCUACGGGAUCGGUGCUCUGGCUAAGUCCUCACUGACAGGUGUGUCAGGCGUGUCCCGUUCCAUGAAGGAUAAAGUGACAAAGCCCACUGCCAUGGCCUCGGGCAAGGUGGCUCACAUGAUCGAAUGGCAGAGCUGGAACACACCAUCCACUGGGACUGAAGGGACUGUGGUCGCCAAAAUCCCAACCUCGCAACGCGAAAAGGAUAGGAGGAGGGAGAGUGAAAUGUACAGUGAACUCAGUGAAGGAGAAAAGGAAGCCCGCUUCACCGCAGGAUUAAUGGCACAAUUUGCCUUAUCGGAGGCUACUCUGCUGGGCUGGAGAUCUAUGGAGGAAGACAGCCUUUGUGCUGGCUCCAACCAAGGCAGUGUGCCACACCUCAGUGAGACCAACCAGGAGAGCAUCACCAGCAGAGAUCAGGCGACGCAUCACUCCUCGGCCGACGUGUGGCCCAACACCUACGUCGCCCAGGGCCUCUAUUGCCUCUCCUCCUCCGACGCCUGGGAGCCAAUCAGCAACGAUCCAUCGGGCGUGGCCUCGCCGGCCGCCUACAUCAUGGCGGGUGGGGGCGGAGGGACGCCCGGUGAGGGCUACGGCGAGGGGGACAACGUGGGGCAGCAGCAGCAGUCCCAACAGCUCACCCUGCAGCAGCAGAGCCAGCUGCAGCUCCAGCAGCUGCAGCAGAUCCAGCUGUACCAGCACCAGCAGCUAAUGCUCUACCAACAGCAACAGACAAUGGAACACAGACUACACAGUGCAAACCACUCCCUCCAAGCCACGCCCAACAGCACCAUCCACAGUCUGGGCCUGCCCACUCACCCUCGCCUGGCUGACCUAUGGGGAUCCGCGCAGGUGGAGAUUGUUGGACAGAUGAGUGGGCCAAUGGGUGACAUGGUUGGGGGUGUGGUUGAGACCUUGGGGGAGGAGCCAGAGGAGGAGAGCGAAUGCAUUUCAGAGCAACAGGAAGAGGAGGAGACUAAGGAAGAUGAGAUUACGUUAACCUUGGAGCCAACUUUGACCCCGUCGCCGCUUAGAGAAGACGCCACCCCGAUUGGAGGCACCAGUCCACAACUAGCACGCCCAGAAUCAAUGGGAGAGCGCAUACCCUUUGUGGUCACACCCUGCAUAGUCCAAUCGUUGGAGGACAAGGAUGAAGAGGUGGCGGAGGGACAUAUUGUUGCCGUGGCAAUCAAUUGAGAGGGACAGUCAGAAAGAGAGAUUGACAAACAUGAUACACUUAUCAAUAAUCAACCAAGCAAGCUAUUCCACACCCCUUCCAGCUAUUUACCCACUCUGAGACUGAGAAAAAACCUGAAAGACCAAGUGCUGGAAAUGACAAUGAUGAAAGAGCCACAGGCGACUUUAAAGACAGUUCAUUGACUGCUCAAAUCUGUGGGUUUGCUGAAACGUAAGGAUUUGUUUUGCCGUGAUAUUGAACUGAGGAAAGGAAGUUGAAAGAAUGGAGUUCAAGAGUAGAAAGAAAGACAAAGGACACUGCGAUAAAGUUCAGUGCAGUAUAGAGAAUCACGAGACAACCAAAAGGAAGUGCAUGCUUUUGAAAGGAAUCUAACGAUAAUAGUAAACCGUAUACAAAGUAAUAAUAUAUAAUAAUGAUUUUUAUAAAAACAAAAAAGGAAAUAAAGUGAUAUGUAUCAGUGUUUGUGUGUGUAUGUACAGUGUGUGUGU